AACUUCAAUGUAGACCCGAUUUGCCUCGGCCUUGAUGGUGUCAUCGAGGCAUUUCGGAAAGCUCAGUCAGUGAUAUCACCGACAAGGACGGCCAAAUUUGCUCCAAUUGUCUCGUAUGCCAUCAGGUUUGUCGGUCCCCUCUUUUCCACUGCUCGUCGCUUAUCCCGGAUCGACCUACCUCAGUUCGCAUUUGAUGAUCGAGAACUGCCCACUCUGCUUUCACCACAACUGCCCAGAACUGAUCGCCGUGGAAGUGAUUCUCGAUACCUGGAUGUGGAGAUGGGAGCUCGAACUUCUCUGUCGGUACGCGUACCCGAGCGAUGUCAUUCGGUACUUCAAACUACCAGAGAACAAUACCAACGGCGGCUGAAGGAACGAGGCCUUGGCAGGAUGCGAUUUCCACGUGUCGAUCUGUCAACAUUUGAAUCAAGUGGAUCAACCCAAGACAGCUCACUUUAA